AAAACAUACACACAAAAACACACCCAUAAGUUAGAUGUUUAUUAGAUAUUGUAACAGUUGGUAACCCUCGUGAAACGUUUUGUGACAUAUAAUGACUGAUUGUGAAUUUGAUUAAGUAUUUUUAUGCUUUGUGUUAUUUGUUAAUCAUAUACAAUAUGUCUAUAUGUAAUAUAUGUUGAAAUUUACCAUAAGUGAUGAAAUAUAUACACGAACGUAAUUAUGACUAAUCAAAUUCUUUCGUUUCAUUUUAUCUCAUUACUGCGGAUAACUUAAAUAUAUGUUCAAAUGUAAUUACUCUAUACAUGCAAAGUAAAUAAUCAAUUUCAAAUAAAAGAACAGCAUUCCUUUGAUUUUUCCUAUCGCUAAUGUCUUAACAAGGAAAGAUCUACUUUUGAACUUUCACGUGUAGUUUUGUAUCUAAAUUUAAAACAUCAUGAAUUGAAAAAGUCUGGUUUUAUAAAUGUAAAUCAAAAUAAGGAAAAUCGUAUAUACACUGUAAUAGAAUCUAUAAAUGUUGGAAACACUAGCUGCGUAUGGAAUAAUAUUAUCAGAUAUAAGAAAUCACUAGACUAUAAAAGAGAGAGGACUCGGUUACUGCUAUAUCUAUUUUCAAUUUACAGUUGUCUUGUACAUAUAUAUAUAUACAACUCAUGUCUAUUCUUGACCUUUGAUAUAUUAAAAUAAAUGAUAAUGAAGCGUAAUGAUGUAUGUUGAUUAACAAUGUUGCCUUCUUAAUCAUUGACGUAUGUAGAAAUAAUUUGUAACUGCAUUAUGCACACUUAUUCAAUUAUUUUAUGUCUUUAAUGUUUUCAAGUCGAUGUAACGUAAUACAUUAAAUACCAUUUCAUGUGAAUUUGUAUAAAUAUAAUUACAUAUAUUUUGUUACAGUUGUACAUGUAUAUUCUUUUACAACUAUAAAAAGUGUUUUGUUAAUGUAUAUUUUAUUCUUAUAUGCUAUAAUUAUGCCCUUGAAUCUAAAGCAAGUACUAUAAAAUUCAACACGUAUUUUAUCCAAAAAUAAAUGAGUGCUUUACAAAUGUAAGAAGUAACAAUUUUAUUAUUUCCAGGUUUAUAGACUAUGUAAUCAAUAUUCGUUAAAAUUAAAUACAUGUUUCAACAAAAAUUGUUUCUUUUAUUUCAGAAAGGCAAUAAGCGGUCGUGUAGUUAUUUAAAGAAACAAGACGUUUGAUGAAUUGCUCUUAGUCAGGUGUACGGUAAUCUGUACUCAAAAUGCCUGCCAGCGAGUUGAAUCUGAAGGUGAACUUGACCUACGGGGAUGACUAUAUACAGGGCCAAGAUACGAGGUCACGUCAGAUUAUGUUUAUAUUCUGGGGAAUUAUUAUUCCUAUCAUCAGUGUGAUCGGAUUCUUCGGAAAUAUGCUCACCAUUAUUGUUCUCUUCCGGCGAGAGAUGAAGUCCACCACUGUGUACUUCUUACGAACGCUAGUAGUAACUGACACGGGUAUAAUAGUGGUGGGUGGCAUAAUAGGACUGUCCGUGAUUUCCAUUACACAACUAAAUCCAAAAAUGUGGCUAUUUACUGAUGUAAUAUAUCCACAUAUAUAUACACCCACAAACUAUAUAGUUAUGACACUACAAAUGCUAAACGUAUGGACGACAGUGGCGGUGUCGGUAGAACGAUAUAUAGCUAUAUGUCAUCCGUUCAAAUCAGUUAGAAUUUGCAACAAGAAGAACGCGUUUUUAAUGAUUGGAAUAAUAACUGUAAUUUCUAUUCUGUACAAUAUUCCGAGAUGUUUUGCGACAUGGUUUACUCGGUGUGGUGAAACAGAUGGCCAUGCUUGUUAUACAGUUAUAACAACGAAGUUUGGACAAAGUUUCUUUUAUUCAGAGAUAUAUACACUUUGGCUAUAUAUGACACUGAUUUAUAUCAUACCGCUUGCAUUGCUUGGUGUAUUGAACACGUUACUCAUAUUAGAACUAAUGCGCAUGCGCAGAAGAAGAAGUGUACCAAAUAUUCAAGAAAACAGCGAGGCUAACAUGAGUAUAGUACUAAUUCUUAUAGUAAUUGUUUUUAUAUGUUGCCAAACACCAGGACUAGUGGCACAAUUCCAGUUUUUACACCCGCAUGUAUUAUUACAAUGGACUUGUGUGAGUAAUACUUUAUUUGUGCUUAACUCUUCUGUGAAUUUCUUAAUUUACACUGCAGUCGGUAGAAAAUUCAGAAAAAUUCUACUUAAAACAUUUCAAGUUUUCAUAAAGCGCCCGGUGAAUCAAUUAAAAACAUCAUACUCACAAGGAGCACCAUAUUCACAGAAUGGAGGCACGGAACUUACUAAACUGACGCAAAAACCUAUUGCGUAUGAUUCCGAGGAAAUGUCAGACGAAACAUGUAAUCUCAAAGGUUGUGGCCGAUAAAAAAAACCCAGUUAAUUUACUCGUGGAGUUAAGGUUUUACAGUUUACUGCUUACGGUGAAAUAAUUACGAAAGACAACUGUAUAUGGUAAAUGGUCAACCUAGUGUGUUGAUUUAAUAGUUGGUUACUGCCCUUCUUUGCGUAAUGAAAAGUAGAAUAAAAGUCUAAGCUAGCAUACGAUUAUUGAUAACUUGCAUGAUUUGAAUUAUAAAAUGAUCGUACAUGCUAAUAUUGUUAGUGCUUGAAGAAAUAAAAGGGUAAAAUAUAAGAGAAAAAAAUGAUAGAAACAUGUGCAAAUACUUUGACGAUUGCGCGUAGAAGAAUUUGUGACUUAAUGCAAAGAAAAGGAAGCUAUUUUAUUGAAUCAAAGCAUUUGUCGUCAGGCGGAAUCGAUGACGACAUAGACAGAUUAGAGACCGAAGAAAUCGCGCGGGGAAAGACGUGUCAAUGACGUCAUUUGUUAUUUGGAUAUUGAUAGACAAAAUUGUGUCAAUAUUUAGUAAAUUAUUUAACUGUAUGUGAUACAUAUGAUUGUGUUUUUUUUACUUUGAAGAACAUCUAAAAUGACUUUGAUAAUGCAGCUAUGCAAAGUAUUAUUUUAUUCUGUUGCUCCUUUCUAUAGGAAAACGUUACGGAAUGAGAACGCAAAAAUGUAUACAAUAAUAUGCCUUGAAUUACGACCAUUGCUUUUGUCUUAAAAAUUGUAGAGAUGUAUGACUUUCUUUAAUUGUUUUAAUCUGCUUUAGAUAUAACCUUGAUCAAUAAAUAACGGACCAAUAUAUGUACAUAUAUUUAGUUGAUAUUUGUAUAUUUAUUAGAUAAUACAAUAGUGCAAUUUUUCAUCAAAUAUAAAACAACAUGGUAUAUUAUAGCCUAAAGCGCAAAGUUUAAUCAUUUGUAUUGUAAUCCUUAAAAGUUAAAUACUUCCAGAUGAACUAAUAAAUGUUCAAGCAUCAUGCAGCACUUUGCACGUGUAAUGUUAUUUACUAUUUUGUUAGUAUAGUUCUGUUCAUUUAUAACGGAGGUCACACUAAUUUUGUAUAUUUGUCGCGUUAUAAGUUUUUUUUCUGGACACUAACUAUAGUCUAAAUAUAUAUACUUAAACCAAUGUUUGUAACUAUACAAUGCGUGUACUUCUAUUAAGAGCAUCUUUUAAAUUUUCAUAAAAAAUAACAUUAAUCUAUUAAUCUUGAAGCGUGUCACUUUAAUUUAAAAAUUGACUACACAUACGAACAAUGCAGAUAAAGAUCAGUCGGCACAUCUGUGUUCUGAUCAUGAUCUGCACUGUUACUGUCUACAAAAAAAUAUUUCCGAAGAUUGCCUCAUUUUUCCUACAUAGAGAAACAUUCCAAAAAUAAUUUGAUAUUAAAGUAUCCUGUGUUCAACUAUAUCUUUUCGUUUUUAAGCUGAAAUCGGUAUUUAAUGUUGGCUCUGUAAACAUUUUUGUUAUAUUCUAAAAAGAACAUACUUGUAAAUACGCAACAUAUAAUUUCAUACACGAUUGUAAAUAAAAGUUCAUCGUUCAAAUGUUUACAUCGUAAGAAAUGUUUAUAGUUGUAUAUUUCUCACAAUCAUCUUCAUUUAUUGUUAGGCAUGAUUGUUCAUCUAAUAUAUGUAUCUGGUCUUAUGUCGCAAUCAGCUAAACAAAUCUUUCUCUCAAAUACUUUGCAUAAUUUAACGUGUACAGCAUAUUUAUAUAGUAUGUUUAUUGAAAUGCUUUCAUAUAGUUAAAUUCAUCAUAUCUUCAUUAAGCUAAACGUUUCUAUGUGACUGUUCUGUCUACAAUUAUCUACAUUAAACUGAUCUUUUAAAUUAUUUUCAUUCGAAUACAUAUUAUAUUCAAAGUAUUAAAAUGUGAAAGUGGAUUUUAGGCUAGAAUCAAGAACAUACAUAUUCAAAUGUGUCAUUUCUUCUAGAAAAUAACUAAUAUGUAGGACUAAAAUGUUUAUGUGGUUAAACGCAUUAAACGAGUAAUUAUUUUCAGAUUAAAACAUCACAUGCUAAAGUUUCAAUCCUGCAGCAGAAUUUUAUCAAUAUGACGAACUUAAGAGUUGAAAUUAUUUAAUUGUUUUAUUAUUUUUAAAGAUAGCUUUGGUAAUUCUUAUUAGUUUUUUUUUAAAGAUCAAGCUUACAAACAUGACAAAAAAUCAACUUAAUUUUUAUAUAUAAUCAUAAAUCAUAUAAUAAACAUUUUUGAGGAUGUUUCUCCUUUUCUAUUUCUUAAUCAGUUGUGUUAAAUGAAUUACCUGAAAAUCAUUUCGUUUUAUGAUAUACUGUUUUUUUUUUUAUCUCAAUCAUGUACAUAUGUUAUUAUUGUUAAAUUGUGUAUUUUUCUAGAUUACACAACUGUCAACCAUAACCAAGAUGCAUUAUUUCAUUUUAAUGUUAGCUUAAUAUUAUAACGUAAUAGUUUGAAAUUGUUAUAUUGUCUUAGUGCUAUUUGAGAGCGUGUUUACAUUUGAGCGGCGCCAUGACAAAACCAACAUAGUGUGUUUGCGACCAUCAUUGAUCCAGACCAGCCUGCGCAUCCGCGCAGCCUGAUCAGGAUCCAUGCCGUUCGCUAUCUGUUUCUCUCUACUUGUAAUAGGGUUGGUAAGCGAACAACAUGGAUCCUGAUCAGACUGCGCGGAUGCGCAGGCUGGUAUGGAUCCAUGCUGGUCGCAAACGCACUACGUUGAUUUUGUCAUGGCGCGGCUCAGUUAUAUAGAUGCUUCUGGGCUUCUAGCUGCAGACCGUAGCAACUUGUUUUAUAGCAACACUAACUGCUUUAUGUAUGCCGCCGACUGAUGACAUCUGCCUAUAUGUUGUUAUAUGUUUAAAGACAUCAAAGAAAUUGUCAUAAAUAUAAAAAGAAAAAUAAUAUUUUGUAUUAUA